AUCAGUCUAGCACAAAACCAAGUGAUCAACGGUAUCUGUAGUAUUAGCAGAAUUGACAAUUAUGCUGCUAGGAAAAGUUUUAUUGCUUUUAAUAUCCUACAGGAUUGCAAUAUGUCAGCCAUGUAACUAUAGUUGGUGUGAUUGCUGUCAAAGAGAAAGUUGUAAUUACAACGGUAUAUGCACAUAUGGCUGCAAAAAUGGUCAUUGGGGUGACAGAUGCCAUAACUCGUGUCCAAAAAAUUGCAUCACUUGCACUGACAACUUGCACUGUGGUAGAUGUGUCGAUGGCUUCUAUAACGGUUUUGACCAUACAAGUAUGAAUCGACGCUACGAUUGCAGUCUGAAAUGUUCAACUAGGUGCAAAAAAUGCGUCGAAUCUUAUUGUUAUGAAUGCAAUGAAGGAUAUUACUUAGCUAGUGGACAGUGCUCGAAAUGUGUUAAAAGUUGUAAGUCGUGCACAACACAAACAUAUUGCUUAACAUGCAAUGAUGGUUACUAUUUGGAUCGAAGUUCUUGUAAAGUCUGUGACUAUUCCUGUAAGACAUGCUCGUCACCAACAGAAUGUAAGAGCUGCUCAAAUGGAUUUUACUUAUCCGACAAAUACUGUCUGCAGUGUCGUUCUCAUUGUAUCUCCUGUUCAUGGAAUGACAAUUGCAACCGAUGUCUCGAUGAAUACUAUUUAGAAAAUGAGUCCUGUCAUAAAUGCAGCGACCGCUUUGGACAAUGUUACAUGUGUAGUUCUCAAUGUUUGUCUUGUGCAUUUAGUAAUUACUGCAGUACUUGCAAAGAAGGAUACUUCGCACAUAAAGGAGUUUGUCAACAAUGUAGUUUAGGCUGCAACUCAUGUACAUGGUACAGCAAUUGCAACGGCUGCAAAGCAGGAUACUAUCUGCAAGGUAGUUACUGUAACAAGUGCCUCGCUAAUUGUAUUACAUGCUCAUCUCAUUCAGACUGCACCAAAUGCCAAUCUGGUUACUACCUGGAACAUAUCAUAUCAUAUCAAUAUUCAUAUCAAUAUGAUUCAUGUGUACGGUGCCCGAUUAAUUGCGACUCCUGCAUUUCACAGCACAAUUGCAAUGAAUGUAAAGCUGGUUUUAAAGGGCCUGUCUGUUCGGAUAAUUGCUCAAACUGCAAAACUGGAUCUGCCUGCGACCAAAUUACAGGCCACUGCGGUGAUGGCUGCACAGAAGGUUACACUAGUGCAUCAUGUGACAGAAAAUGUUACAGUGUUUGUAAGUCUUGCUCACAACAAUAUGCAAACAAAUGCUUUGGAUGCGUUGAAAAUAGAUAUGGUAAAAUAUUUGACUAUUACACUUGCGGGAACAUAUGCCCUGAGCGGUGUCUGAAUCAGGCAUGUGAUGAUGAUACAGGUAACUGUCUUUACGGCUGUCAAGAUGGAUACUGGGGACCAACAUGUUCGGCCACUUGUUCAGAUAAUUGCAUUGAAAGCAAGUGCUACAGUGAAAAUGGCUUUUGUUCAAGAGGCUGUAUAAAGGGAUUUGAAGGAGAGCGUUGCAGUUGUCCUCAGAACUGCAACUGUUUUGAAGAUGGCGUUUGUAAGACUUGUAAACACGGCUUUGCUGUUAUUCAAAGGAACUGCAAAUGCACGGCAUGCUUAGAUUCUUCUUGUACGUCAUGUUUUAAUUCAACCUAUUAUGUAAUGGGUAACCAUUGUUGUCCAUGUAGUCAUAACUGCAAGAAUAAUGAAUGCAUCUCUGAUAGCGAAUGCCUCAGUGGGUGCAAAAUCGGAUAUUACAGAAACGAUUGCUCUAAGCUUUGCACAAAUAAUGACAUUAACUGUUUAGAAUGUUUGUCAGACGACAACAAUGAUUAUGGUGGAUGUAGCAGAUGCUUUACAAAUUAUUAUCCGAGCCAGGAAAACAGAGUAUGUCGUUUAUGCUCAAGGAAAUGUAAAAAUGGAACAUGUGAUUCGAGACACGGUAAUUGUUCCACUGGUUGUGAAGAUGGGUGGUGGGGGCAUACAUGUGAAAACCGCUGUAGCCCAGGUUGCGUUAUUUGUGCACAAAGCGAUGGAAUAUGCUCUGUAUGUGCUGAUGACAAAUAUUUGUAUGAUUGCUCUUUAACUUGCAGCGAGACUUGCAACACCACUAAUGUAAUGCCUAGAUGUAGAGUAAUAGAUGGGACAUGUGUAUUCGGCUGUGUAAAUCGAACAUUUUAUGGAACGAAGUGUGAGACGAAAUGUAGUUCCACAUGCCAGGAGCAAACCUGUAAUCAAAUAAAUGGUGCAUGUCUAAAUGGUUGCACAGGGAACUACUUCGGGCCACAAUGCGAAUAUAAAUGUAAAGACACAUGCUUACAUUCGAAAGAUGGUAAACUGUGCUAUGAAGCCAACGGGACAUGUCUUUCAAACUGUCAAAAUGGUUAUCAUGGAUAUAUGUGCAAUAUGACAUGUAGCCAAACCUGUGCUAAUAGAACAUGCAACCGACUGACUGGAGCCUGUGAGUACGGCUGCAAUUCUGGAUUUGAAGGGUCUCGUUGUGAAAUGGCAUUGGAGCAUACAAGUGACGUCAGUCAUAGUAAUCUUAAGAUCGGGGCAUCAGUUGGAGCUACCUUCCUUGUAGUGUUAAUUGUUGGAGCGAUUGUAGGUCUUUUGCUGAUUAAAAGGCGGCACAGUAAACGGAAACAAGAAGACGAAGCCAUAACAGAUACCACUGUAGUUACUUAUAGUGAAGUAGUAUUAAGCGGAAAUCAAGAGGAGCAAAAUGAUGCAGUAUAUGCUGUGCCUAACAAACCAAAGAAAAAUGCAGCUGAACGAUCGAAGACUUCAGACAGUGAUACCGAAAGUAAGAAUGCAGACUACCAAUUGAAUAAUACAAAACAUCACAACGUAAAUUCAGUUAAUAUUCCAAACUACACCAAUGACUCUGAAUAUGGAGAAAACAUGUCGAAAGACAAGAGUACAAAAGGUGACAAUGAUAAUAUUAUCAACAGGACACGUAACAACAAACGACCACUUGCACAAAAUCCGAGAGUUUUCUAUGAAAAUACAAAUGUUCAAGAGUCUGUUUACAGGAAUUCAGAAGCACAAAAAAAUUCAAACCGAUCGGCUUAUUCAUUCUUAGAGAUUGAUGAAGAAGAUGUAAGCGGCCUGGCAGCUAAUGUACAAGAGAACACUACAACAAGAGGUGACGAAUUUGAUUAUGCUUAUUACAAUGUGGCAGCUAUGAAGAAGAGAAAAGUGAUGUUGGACGAGUUGUCAGCAUACGUUUCGAAGAAGACAAAAGAUGACUUCAUCGAUGAGUUUAAUGAACUUCCAGCAGGUCUAAUCAAAGCUUACACAGAAUCGCAGAAGAAAGAAAAUAUAAGAAAGAAUAGAUACAAAGGAAUUUAUCCAUAUGACCAAAGAAGAGUGGUUCUAAGAGAAGGUGACUCCGAUUAUAUAAACGCAAGCUACAUAGACGGAUACAAGAAGAUAAAGGCUUACAUAGCUUCCAUAGGUCCAACAUAUAAAUACAUGGAGGAUAUGUCGCCAUUCUGGAGAAUGGUAUGGCAAGAGAAAGUGGGGAAAAUUGUCAUGCUAACCAAGCUGUCGGAGGCAGGGGAACCAAAGUGUGAUCAAUACUGGCCAGAUAAAGACUGUAGCGAGGUGUGUUUGGAUAUCCGGGUUACAACUGAUCGCGAAGAAAUAUAUGCUGAUUAUACCGUCAGAUCGUUUACUUUGCAGAAAAACUCCGAAGUCAGAAGUAUCGUUCACGCUCAUUUCACAGCAUGGCCUGAUAAAGGUAUUCCUGAUGACGUCACCAGUUUGAUAGAAUUUCGUCAGAAGGUCAAUAGCUUAUGCACGGAUCUUGAUGGCCCUAUUGUUGUUCAUUGUAGUGCUGGUAUAGGGAGAACAGGAACUUACAUUUCAAUAGAUAGCUUAGCGCAAGAAGGCGAAGCUGAAGGCAGAGUUGACAUCUAUGCGUGCGUCAUAAAUUUAAGGGAGCAUAGGGUCAAUAUGGUUCAAACUGCGGGGCAAUACCAGUACCUUCAUAAUGCCUUAGUGCACACGCUGACGUUUGGCUGCAAACCAAUUAAAGCUUCCAAAUUUCAUGAGUACAUGUCAACCCAUACAACUGAACAACUUGGAAACCAAUUUCUGCAUUUACAAGCUUCUAUCAAAAUAAGAUCUGAUGACGAAACGGAGGCAGUCAGAAUGAAUAAAAGAAUGACAGACAAAAAUAGGUCUGAUGCUGACAUUCCAGGAGAUAUUUGCAGACCAAGACUACAUCUUCGCAGAAAACAAGGCAUGUCAGGUUAUAUCAAUGCCCUCUAUAUCAAUAGUUUCCGGACUAAGAACCGAUUUCUUGUUGCACAAACCCCAUUGAAAAAUACCGUUGAGGAUUUUCUUACCCUGAUUGUGCAGGAAAAUGUUUCUUGUAUUGUUACCCUGGAACCAAGUUUGAACGGAAAUAAAACCGUCGGCACUUACUAUCCUGAUGACAGUCAACCACUUAAAGUCGGAUCCUGUACUGUUCAGUCUGAAAAAGCAGACUGCACGGACCAGUAUAUACAGAGGAAACUAAACAUAGUGUACCAAGGAAAAUCAAGUACGAAAGAAGUUACAGUCACACAUAUUCAAUUUACAAAAUGGAUUGAAAAGCAGAAGCCUCCAGACGACCCAAAGAUGUUCAUGCGUUUUGUGAAAGAUGUAGAACUGAAGUGUGAUGGUGAUGACAAGGAAAGACCCGUUUUGGUUCAUUGUUUGACUGGUGCUGAGAAGAGUGGACUUUUCUGUGUUGUUUCCAUACUUUUGGAGAAAAUACAACUUGAGCAAGAAAUAAGCGUGGUGAACACAGUGCGUCAAGUCAAGAACAGGCGGCACAAAUCUAUACCAAAUAAAGAGCAGUAUAUUUUCUGCCACCAGUGUUUGGAUGAGUAUCUACAUACAUUUGAUACAUACUCGAAUUUUUGUCUUGAGAGGUAGUGUUUCUUCAUAACUGAAUUCAGAGACAAACAACACGUGUAUAUGAAACACUUAAAUAUUGUAACCAAUUUGUAUACAUGGAACAUAAUUUUUAUAAUGACUUGAAUCAUACAGAGAUAAAGUAAUGAUAAUAGUAUGCUUCGCACAGAAGAGAGGCUACGAAAGAAAAUCACACAGAACAGGCGAAUAUAUGCUAGAUGGUUUCAAGAAUGUACAUACUAUUUUUUAUAUAUUGUGCUGCAAUCGAAGUAGUGUAUCUAAAACAUUGAUUUUCACUUGUGAAUAUAAUCAUUGCCUUUCACAUGAAUAUUAUUACAUCACUCGAUCUGUGCACUUGUGGUAUAAUUAUUUCCCAUCUGAACUCCAAACAAUAUCUUUAUUCAGGUAAAAAAUACCGUUUACGAUAUUUUAUUUCAUAAAUUACACAUUUUAUGGUGAAGAGGAUCAUAUGUACAUGCAAUACACUCAAAAGGAAUUCAUACUGGACAAUUUGGAAAAAAGUAUACAAAACGAUAUUGUAACGUAAUAUACUUACUUACAUCGUUAAUGAAAAGUAAAUAUGUUGAGUGAAAAAGAGGCGCUGUAUCGUAAGUGUACUUAGUAGUAACGCUGUUUGAGGUUUUGGGUUUUGUACCUGUAGGAAAGUAAAGUUGUAAAUAGCAUAAUGUAUGUUUUUACAUGUCAUGUUAUAUAUUCCGUACACAUUGUAUUUGUCAUAAUUAUUUUCGUCGAAUACCCUAUUUGGGUAUUUUAUUUGGGUAUGUUACUAACACGCUCGUGUAGCUAUGUGUCACAGCUAGUCAUGUUAACUUUAAUAGAAGGCAAUUACCGGUUGUCUGUUGGAUUUUUUUAUGAAUUUGGUCUGUUUAAAAAUUUUUUUGGCUUCAACAUAUUGAAAAAAAUCUGGCUCCUAAAUCAUUGACGAAAAAGCUUUUCUGGUUCCGAGUCAAAAUGAAGGAGAACAUUUACUUCCAUUCACUGUGUAAGUCAUUUUUCUUCGCUUUUAAACUGUUUUCCUAUAGCACAUAGUUACAUAAUAGGACAAAUAUAUUUAAUGACUGCA